AUGAGUGAUGCAGAUUUGUUAAAAUUACAAUACAAAGAACCGUUAGACCUUUUACAAAAUUCUAUGAAUUUUGAUAUUUCUAACAAUAGUAUCUUUGAUAAUAAUGGUUUUAAUGUAACAAGCAAUGGAAAUUAUGAUAGAGAUGAUAUCAGCCAUGUAAUGAAGAUAAAGACGAGAAUAAAAAAUUAUUCAAAUAAUACAAGUCAGGAAUAUGAAUUAAGCAUACCCGUCAGUAAACAGCGCCCUAAGCCUGUUAAAGAAUUACUGCCGAUGAAUAGUAAAGAUGAUGUAUUAUACCAGAUUUUUUCCAUCCUUUGGGAAUGUCAAGAUGAAUAUAAAGAUGGUAUGACUGUUAAACAACUUUGCGACUUGUUGGUUGGUAGAAAUCCAGAAAUGGCACAUCUAUCUUCGAAGCUAUCGAAUUUGGUUUCCGCAAAAUUAAAUGCCUAUAUUAAAAGAAUUGAAAAAGGUGAACUAAUACUACACUAUGCAUUGUCAAGACAUUGGUCUACAUCAUCUCCCAGAAGAAUGCUAUAUUGUUAUGAUGGUUUACUGGCACCAGAUUAUCAAAAAUAUACUUCUUCUGCUAUUAAUAGAAGAUUGAUUCAAGAACAGCAAGCACAAAACUUAUUCAGGAGACAGCAGCAACUACGAAAUAAUUUACAGACACAGGUUCCUAUUCCUAAUUACUCCAGUGAGCCACCCCCAAACUACAGAGUUCCAAAAUCUUUUUCUAAUGUAAAUAUUAAAGAAGUUGAAGAUAGAAUAAUAAAUCAAUCUAUGGUCCCAGAGGAAAGCAAGAGGAUUCCUUUUGAAUUAGAUUCAUAUUUUAGAGUCCCCUACACGGCAUCGCCUAUUCCAGCUACUGUUGAAACUUCAAAUACCAUACCAAUUAACUUUAACAACCAGAAUAUCAUAUCGCCUCCAGUCUCAUCAUCAUCAUCCAACAAGUCUUCAUCCAAUUCUGAAUCAGCAUCUUUCAUGUUCGAUUCUACAGAGGCAAUGAAGAAUGAAAGAAGCAGUGGAGUAAUGUAUCCUUUUGAUGACACUGAACCAAUCUUGGGCAAUAACAUAAAUGCUAUUUUCAAUAACGGAGACAGAGAAGAAUCCUUUAACGAAAGGAAAAGGAAACACCCAGAACUAGAAGAGUCUGAAUUGAAGCAAAACCAAGAACAGGAAAAUCAAACCCACACUCAACACAUAGACAAACAACAGCAUCUACAGCCAGAAGAAUUCGAAAUUGAACCAGGUAGAAAUGAUACAAUCGAUACGAACCCACCUGAUAAUAUUAAAUUCCUAGAUUUCUUAGACGAUAUUUUAACUCACCAUACACCAAUCGAAACAACCACAGAGCAACAAAUACCAGCUAAAAAUAACAACAAUAAUGAAAACCCAUCCUACAACUGGUACCAACAUUUUAUCGAGGAAACCUCACCAAAUGAUAUCGAGUCACCAGAAAAGAUAUCAUUAGAAGAAUUAGACAGUAUUCUAUAA